GAAACAUCUAUGUGAGAGAUACAUUGAUUGGUUGCCUCCUGCACAUGCCCCAACUGGGGCCAGGAUGGAACCUGCAACCCAGGCAUGUGCCCUGGCCAGGUAAUUGAACCCAUGACCCUUCGUUUUGUGGGCUGACUAACCAGAGAGCCACACCAGCCAGGGCAAGGGCCCACAUUUUAAGUCCUUGGGAGUCCCAACGUCCUUUUGGAUCCUGCUGGUUGGUGUCAUGCUCUGUUGGCAACGAUGUCCAAAAUCUGGAUUGAAGACCUGUGAUGGUGGCCUUGGUUUCUCUUGGAUUAUGUCAGGUCAGGACCACUUUUCUCUAUUUGGUACCGCAGCCUCCUGGCUCACCAGCUUGUCCAUGAGCAAGCCCACCAAGUGAUGUCUGAGAACUGAAAACCAACCACCAAAAGACCCAUACAACAAAAACACCAUGACUGGCCCCUUAGUAACUACCAGGAACUGCUUUGGCCAACUUAACUCUGCUGUGUCCUGGCUCAGCUAGCACUGGUCUCAGGACCUCCCAUUGGACAUGGGUUGGGCCACCAUCAGCCCUUUUAAACUCAAAUCCCUCAGCAGCUUUGGCUGCUGCCCUGUGAAAAGGGAUAGGGGUCAAUAUAGUCCAGGGAGGAGAGGGGCUCUGCCUCAGGUCACAUAGGAAUUGGGCCUUGAGCCUCUCUCCAUCUAGGACAUAGUCCUUGCAGGCCUGUGGCCUGCCCCUCAUUGUGGUCAGAAAGACUCCCACCUCCCACCCUGGUCUGGGCCUGGCUCUAUCCCAGGCCUGAGCACUGCAGGGUAGGGAGUGAGCAGCACAAUGGGUGGAUGGGGCUGCCAAUGACAGCACUGCUGUCCCUCCUGGUCCUGCCAUUCGGCACAGUCAGGGUUACAGCUGGGGCCCCUCCCAGUCUCCAGAGCCACUGUCCCUUAGCAACAAUCCUACCAGGCAGAACACACUGCCAACACAGGACAAACCAGGCAGGAGCCAGUGGAGUGGCCAUCUGAGGACUCCAGGACAGACAAGGCCAGCUGCCCAGAGAGGCUGAACCUAACAUGGAUACGGUGGACGCCACUGUGGAGAGGCUCCGGGGACAGUGCCUGUCCCGAGGGGCCUCUGGCAUCCAGGGCCUAGCCAGGUUUUUCCGCCGCCUGGACCGCGACAGGAGCCGAUCCCUGGAUGCGAGGGAGCUUCAGCAGGGCUUGGCUGAGCUGGGGCUGGCGCUGGACAUGGCUGAGGCAGAGGGUGUGUGCAGGCGAUGGGACCGUGACGGCAGCGGGACGCUGGACCUGGAGGAGUUCCUGAGGGCACUCCGUCCCCCCAUGUCCCAGGCCCGGGAGGCGGUCAUUGCAGCUGCAUUCUCCAAGCUGGACCGCAGUGGAGAUGGUGUGGUGACCGUGGAUGACCUUCGGGGGGUGUAUAGCUGCCACGCCCACCCCAAGGUGCAAAGUGGGGAGUGGACUGAGGAGGAGGUGCUCCGCCGCUUCCUGGACAACUUUGAUUCCUCUGAGAAGGACGGGCAGGUAGGUGACGCCUAUGGGGUCUCCCCAGCUCCUCCUGCCCUAGAUUUCCAUCCCUACUUAGAGCCUGUCUGCCCCCAGGUCACCCUGGCUGAAUUCCAGGACUACUACAGUGGUGUGAGCGCCUCCAUGGACACGGAUGAGGAGUUUGUGGCCAUGAUGACCAGUGCCUGGCGACUGUGAGCAGCAUGCACUCAGCUGGCACCACUGUAGCAUAGGACCCCACCAUGGCACCCUCUGAGCUUCCAGCUGGGCAGCCCCAGGGGUGGGGGCUGGAGGGGAGCAGGAGGAUUAAGGCUGCAGAACUGGUUGGACCAGGUCUGAGGCCCUUGCUUAGCCAACAGGCCCAAGUGGGACAAAGCCCUCCCCUUCCCCCCCCAUGAGGCCACUGGAGAUGCCCACCCCACCCCUCACCCCGUUCUGCUCAGUUAAUCCUUGACUCUGUUAGAAUUCCCACCCUGCCCCACCCUCAUGGUUCCUGGGAAGCCAGGAGGCCCCUGGAUGUGAUAUGGGUGUGGGGAGGGAAGCAAAUGGCUCUCUGUGAAGCUAGGCUCUGCACUGAAAUCCAAUGACCCUUUUCUAGAGUGUGGGGCAGGGGCCCAGGGCAGCAGGCAGGCCAGGCUGCUGGAGGAGCCUUACCUUGGGAGGCAGAGGUCAUUCCUGGCCAGGCCCUCGGGCUUCCUGAGGCCCCUGGGGCACACGGGAGGCCAGGGCUUUAGUUAAAAGUUUUAAUGUAGUUCCCAAAUACAUUUCAUAUGACAAUCUUACAUAAAUGUUCCAAAACA